AUCAGUAAAUAUCACGUAUAAUGUACUAUUUUUAAGCGAGUCUUGCUCGUAGCGGUUAGUAGUGAAAAACAUGUGGCAAAAAUGGUUUAUGUGACUGACAAAAAUAUUGAAGCUACCGUUAGUUGUAAAAACGAAGAAAUUGAAAGUGAAUCACACCAUCCACCAGUAUGGCUGUUUUGGAAAGCAAGAAGAUAUAUUGUUACUAUAUUGGUAUUUUUUGGACUCUUUUGCGAUUAUGCCCUAAGAGUCAAUAUGAGUGUAGCAAUCGUAGCUAUGACCCAAUAUGAAAAUGUUACUCUAGAAAAUGGAACCACCGUUCUGCAAAGAGACUUUGAUUGGGAUACAGCAAUCCAAGGCCACAUUCUCAGUUCAUUUUACUAUGGAUACCUCCUUACCCAGGUGAUAGGCGGAUAUUUAUCUACUCAAUUUGGAGGCAAACCUGUUUUUGCAGUAGGAAUUGGUGGUGUUUCAAUCUUAAAUCUGCUUACUCCUUUGCUGUCAAGGGUGAAUGGAAUGCUUUUUCCUUGCGCCAACGAGGUUUUUGCAAAAUGGGCUCCGUCUUUAGAGAAGGGCCGAUUGGUAACUAUCGGGUUUUCUGGAUGUUAUGCUGGAACCCUGGCUUGUUUACCAAUAUCAUCAAUGUUGGCAGCUUACUUAGGAUGGGAAAGUGUUUUUUAUGCAUUUGGUAAUUUUCAUUUUUAA